CAGGAAGAAAUUACAUAGAAAUCUUCCAAAAUCUAAAUAUGAUCUGUAGAAGUUUUGUAUUACAUCUUGUUUUUUUAUUGUGCAUAGCAUGUAUUGCUGUGCGAGGAUACACCCCAGCUUCAAGGUCGAGGGCCCGUCGGCUGGUAUCUCGAUAUUUCAAUAGACUUGGAAAUCGUGCAAUUGUCGACGGAAGACGAAUGUACUGGUAUUGCAGGCGCGGAGCAAAACUCGCAAUAUGCCGACGGAAUAAAAUAAAGGGCACCAAGUCAGAAACCAUUCAGAAAGCCAGAUCAAAGACAAUAUCAAAAGAGGUGUGUACGGCCCGCAACUGCGCAAACGGAAAAUGUAUCUCUAACAAAUGUGUAUGCAACAAAGGAUGGGCGGGAAAGAGUUGUACAGAGGACAUUGAUGAAUGUGCGAAGGAUUUCCAUUUUUGUGGACAACUUUGUAUAAACACACUGGGAAGCCAUCGUUGUGCGUGUAGACCAGGUUACCAAUUGCACUCAAACGGAAAGUCUUGUUUGGUAGAGGAAUUUGUCAUCCGCGAAGAAGGUCACGUGAAUUUGCCAAACCCUCCGAUUGGUCUCAAAUAUGUGGCUUCGAACAACAACGACGUUGAUAUUCAAAACAGGAAACCAGUUGUCGUACCAUCUAUCAAAGAACCCAUUCUUCGUUAUCCUGUUCUAUCUAGAUGGUACCUAUCUGCCAAAGUGAAACGUGGAUGCAAGAAGAGCUGCAGAUACCAAUGUGUCUCAGAAAAUGGUGUUGAGAGAUGCAUUUGCCCACGUGGGUUAACAAUAGCAGCGGAUGGAAUUUCUUGUAUAGAUUAUAAUGAAUGUUCCGACAGCACUAAAUCUGUAUGCCCAGCUAAUCAAGAAUGCAGAAACACGUACGGGGGUUACGUCUGUAAAUGCCAACCAGGUUACAUUAUAAGUCACGGACUUACUGGAAAAUCGUGCAGAGAUGUCAAUGAAUGCUUCACAGGAGAACACUUAUGUGGACGAAACGCAUAUUGCUUAAACACACCCGGAUCCUAUGUCUGCAACUGUCUUCCGGGAUAUGAAAAAGAUGGUGUUAUCUGCAAAAAGAUGUCAUCAUACACAUCAGAAAUGAAUUUGAGAGAAAUCAUAUCGCGCGGAGGACGAUACUCGUCCCACCCAGCUUUUUCGUGGUCCGGGCGAAAGCAAUUCCCUGCACAUCGCCCUGAAUUGGAGUAGAUAUCAAUACCAUGUAUAACAAACUGAUCUCGUCCAUGAAGUAAUUUGAACAAAUUAGACUAACGCCACAAAAUAUGUCAAAAAUCUCUUCUAGAAAACUAUGCGAGAAAAAAAUCAUAGCAUGAGACACUAGAGAUGAGACUUACAGUUUGAUCAGUGUACAGUUGCUUGAAUGUAUUGCAGAGACUACCGUGGCAACUUAUUCUGAUAUUAUGAAUAGAGAUUUUAUUAGAACUCACUUCGUCAUAUUAUUACUCCUCACAGCAGUCGUUCCCAACCUUUUACGGCUCGUGGCCCCCUCCCGGAGGCGUUUAGCACUCACUUAGUUUUGAUCAUCAUAUUAUGAUUAGUAGAUUCGAAAACCCCAUUAUGUUCAAACAAUUCAUGCUCCACAAAGUGAAAAUACGCUGUGAAAUAAUCUUAUCAAGCAAUGAAAUUAGGAGAAACGAAGUUUUAUUGUAAAAGGAAAUGUGAAAUCGACUUUGCGCCUAGCAGUGUGGCCUCUCCAACCGCCACGGGUAGGGAACCGCUGCUUUACAGCAUAUUGUCUUUUAGAGCCUGCUGACUUAGUAUCCAGUACGUGUUCAAGUCGUGCACUCAGUCUGCCAUCUUCUGUUUUCAUUUAAACCAAUUUUUCAGUAAACGGGGGUUUAAAAAUAUGCUAAUCAUGAAACAAAUAUUGCACAACAUUACCGUAUUGUAAACGCUUUCCACUUAUAUUUAAUUCAGAUAGGCAUAUGUUUUUAUUUGUAUUACCAUAUUAUUAUAAGCCGAAAUGUAUCGGACAAUAAGUGUUAGGGAGCAUGCCACAUCCUGUUCAAGCUUCACAGUGUUCUAAAAAACGAAACAGCGUGUAGAAAUACAUUGUACUCCGUUCGGAAUUCAUUUACCAAUAUACCAAUCAGACGCGGCCCGUCCAUCGAGUGACGAUCAAAUAAUGAACUUGGCCGAAUCAAGUCAAUCACGUCAACUGAGAACGUAAAAAUAUGUUCAAAGUCAACAAAGGUUAAGUUAGAAAUCGCUAGUUCAAGUUUAUUGAAAUUUUAAUUUUCCGCUUGUCACGAUGAAUAUGUACAAAAUAAACUUUUGAAUAGAGACUGUA